AAUUAAGAAUAGAUUAAUAAUAGAGAUUAUAAUAUAACGUAACAAAAUUUAAAAAAUUGACAGAAGUUUCGUUGCAGAAAGUAAUAUGCAAUAACGCGCGGAGUAAUGAUACAUGUACAAGACAAAAUCGGUCAAAGGCACGGCUAAUUAACGUACCGGCUAGUUGGGCAAACUUUUUGCGUCCUUGCAGCGUGUUUGCACAGAGCUUACGGGAAAAGUGUUUGAAGCGGUCUGUAUAAUUAGCAUAGCGCGCUAUAGAGCAGCUCAUUAAAACCGCGCGACUCGAAUGCAACCCGGUUGCACCCACGACACACGUAUGUAUAUACAUACAGGCGACUGCCUGCUGCUGCUGCUGCUAUUUACCUGCUUCCCUUUAACGCACUUCAAGCACAGUCUUUCGCGAACGGCGCGCCAAGUCGCAUCGUCGAUUUUGCUCCUUGACUCUCGAGACGAAUGGAAACGGAAAAAAGUAUUCGUAGACAAAGUGGGAUUUUUCUAAAUUUUAAAUUCGUUGAUAAACAAAAUUGUGACAAGAAAAUAGCCAUUGAAAUUGGAAAGUUGCGGUGCUCCGUGUGAUAAUUAGGGUUCUUAUAAGGAUCAAGGAAUUUAAUUAUUGCGAAUCGGCGUAUCGACGAAAAUGUAUAGUGUACAUGUGGCACCAGGAAGGUCCGCGGAUCGAAAGAAGAACUCGGACGACACAGAUAACGAAAUCAGAACGUAUGGAGGACGGAGGAAGGAAUCGAUUUCUGUGAAGCUGAUAAACUACAUCCGUUCGCAGUUUCAGCCGGAAGCUAUGUCGGAAGGAGAGCUUGAAGGACUCGGGGGCGUUUUAGGGACCUCCGGGGGUGCCGCGCUCGCCCUUAGCGGCCGACACAAGCCGGAGGAGCUUGCAACCCUCGCUGCCACUACCAGAUUCUCGCGGAAGGAGAUCCAGCUGAUCUAUCGGGGCUUCAAGCAGGAAUGCCCGUCCGGUUUGGUCGACGAAGAUGCUUUCAAAAAGAUCUUCUCGCAAUUCUUUCCGCAGGGAGACGCAAGUCAGUACGCUCAUUAUGUCUUCAACACCAUGAAGAGGAAACCGUCCGGCAAGAUAAGCUUUGAGGAGUUCCUCACUAUACUAUCGAAGGUUUCAAGAGGAUCGGUGGAGGAGAAGCUGCAAUGGGUGUUUGGUCUGUAUGAUCUGGACGGCGAUGGUCUGAUAAGCAAAGAGGAAAUGCUGGACGUCGUGGGCUCCAUUUAUGAGAUGUUGGGUCGUUACACGCAACCGCAAAUCCAUGAGCCGCACGCGGCCGCUCGUGAACAUGUCGAUCGCAUCUUUCAUUUGAUGGACGCAAAUAAGGACGGUGUGGUGACCAUCGAAGAGCUGGUGCAGUGGUGUUCCAAGAACGAGCAAUUGUUACGAAGUUUCGAUACUCUGGACACCGUAUUAUGAGAUCUUAACGUUCUAUCGGAGAGAUUUCAGCUAGGAGUUACUCACUCACGAAUAGGAUGCUUGACUAAUUUCCGAUUUCUUGUGAUUUCAUGUGAUUUCAACGUGAUUUUAAAGUGAUUUCGAUUUUUUUUAUAAAUUUGAAAUAAUUUUGUAUGAUUUGUUUAAUUUUAAAUAAUUUUAUAUAAUUCA